AUGGGAAUAAUGAAAGCUCUUGUGUCGUUGGGUGUUAUUGUGUUUCUUCUUUUAGCUAUCUUACCAUACUCUGCAUCAAGGGUUUUAUCAACAGAAAAAGUCAAGACUUUGCGGUUUCAUGGUAAAAACACACAUCAAAUUAACAAAAAUGUGAAUCCAUUUUACAUGAGCAAGCGAAAAGUUCCUAAUGGACCUGAUCCUAUUCAUAACAGGUGA